AUGCGAUCCUCCGGGAGCAGGCUGUGCACCCAAAUUAGCAUCGGCCAGUUUGAGCUCGCGUCCGAGCCCCUGCCGGCCAUCUGGACGCGGCUGCCCAACGGAUCGGACAUCCGUGGCGUGGCCUUCGACCCGGCGGCCACCGACAACAGCAAGGCCAACCUGACGCAGCUGACUGUGUCGCGCAUCGGCGCGGCCUUCGUGGACUUCCUGGCCCGCAAUGCCACCGAUGAGAGCGGUGUCACGGUGGCCCUGGGCCAUGAUGGGCGCCUGAGCGCCGAGUUCAUGAUUGACAAUGUGUCCCGUGGUAUUAUGCAAGCCGGCGCCACGCGCGUCGUGUCCUUCGGUCUGGCCUCGACGCCGGCAAUGUUCAUGAGCACCAUCACCGAGGGUCACAAGUACACCGGCGCCAUCAUGCUCACGGCCAGCCACCUGCCCUCCGAGCGGAAUGGCCUGAAGUUCUUCACCAAGGAUGGCGGCCUCGAGAGCGCCGACAUCAAGUGGAUCAUCGCUCGCGCGGCCUUCCUGGCCGAGCAGGACGCCGAGUAUCCCAAGGCCAAUAUCGACACGGUGGACUUCAUGAGCGUUUACGCUGGGAUCCUGGUUGAGAAGAUCCGCUCGGCUACCGGCAAGCAGUGCGUCUCCCUGAAUGCCCUCGAGGGCCUGCACCUGAUUGUCGAUGCCGGCAAUGGCGCCGGCGGCUUCUUUGUUGACAAGGUUCUCAAGCCGCUCGGUGCCAAGACGGAUGGCAGCCAGUUCCUGGACUCCGAUGGCACCUUCCCCAACCAUCCCCCCAACCCGGAGGAUAAGCAGGCCAUGGCCAUGGCUCGCGAUGCUCUGCUGGCGGCCCGGGCCGAUAUGUGCAUUGUCUUCGACACGGAUGUCGAUCGCGCCGGAAUCGUCGACGCGUCCGGACGCGAGAUCAACCGCGAUCGCCUGAUUGCCCUGCUGUCGGCCAUUGUCCUGCGCGAGACCCCCGGUGUGGAGAUUGUCACCGACUCGGUGACGUCCGAUGGGCUGGCCUCAUUCAUUGCUGCCAAGGGCGGCCGUCACCACCGGUUCAAGCGCGGCUACCGCAAUGUCAUCAACGAGGCACAGAAGCGCGGCUCGCCCUUCGCCAUUGAGACCAGCGGCCAUGGCGCCCUGCAGGAGAACCACUAUCUUGAUGACGGUGCCUACCUGGUGGUAAAGAUCCUCAUCGAGCUGGCGGUAAAUGGCCUGGAGUCCAUCACCUCGCUGCUGUCUGACCUUCAGGAGCCUGUCGAGGAGGAGGAGUUCCGCUUGAAGAUUGCCGCCGAGGACUUCAAGACCGUCGGCGCCGGGGUCUUGGCGCAUUUGAAUGCUGUCCUGGACAGCCCGUCCCGUGCCGCGGAGCUGGGCUGGUCGCGCGUCACCCCCAACCAUGAGGGUGUCCGUGUGGCGGUCCGCUUCCCGGAGGAUGAGUCCACCGGUUGGUUCCUCAUCCGCAUGUCCCUCCACGACCCGGUCAUGCCGCUGAAUGUUCAGAGCAACAGCCGUGUCGGCGGUGUGCGCGCCAUCACCCAGGCCUUCUUGACUUUCCUCCGGUCAGAUCCGAGCGUGUGUGCUUCGUUGGACCUUACCGGGCUGGAGGCCUUCAUUGCCCAGGAGUGA